AUGACGGCUUCCCUGGAGUGGCACUUCAGCCAAGUCUUUGGCGAACGGACGCCUGGAGAGGAGAUCCAGGAUGCCGACAUCAUCUCUGCCGUGGAGUUUGAUGGGGAUGGCGAGUUCCUGGCCACGGGAGAUCAUGGAGGGCGCGUGGUCCUGUUCGAGAGAUGCGCGCCGUCACACCUGGCAAACGAGCCUGCGGACUCCCGGCCCGCCUCGCCGCGCAUCCCCAACGCCUACGAGUACCGCUACCUGACCGAGUUCCAGUCGCACGAGCCGGAGUUUGACUACCUCAAGUCGUUGGAGAUCGAGGAGAAGAUCAACAGCGUCCGGUGGUGCCGGCGAGACUCCCCUGCCCUCGAAACCCCCACAGCCCACCACCUCCUCACCACCAACGACAAGACCAUCAAGCUGUGGAAGGUGUACGAGAAGCAGGUGCUGAGCGUGAGUGGGCUGAACAUGGAUGCUCCUGGGAGCAGCGGACAGAGGCCGAGCCUAGAGGGUGGCGGCGCGCCACCGUCCCUCAAAGAAAGGGAGCUUCGAGUCCCCACGGUGGAGGGCCGGGAAACGCUGAUGACCAGCAAGUGUCGCCGCACCUACUCCAACGCCCACGCCUACCACAUCAACACUGUGUCCCUGUCUAGCGACAAGGAGACCUUCCUGUCGGCCGAUGACCUGCGAAUAAAUCUGUGGAACCUGGACGCCGAGCCCCAGGCCUACACGGUGGUGGACGUGAAGCCCGCCAACAUGGACGACCUGACGGAGGUGAUCACGCGCGCGGCCUUCCACCCCACCCACAGCCACCAAUUCGCCUACAGCACGAGCCGCGGGUCGCUGCGCCUGGCCGACCUGCGCGCCGCCGCGCUGUGCGACGCGGGGGCGAAGCAUUUUGAAGACGCGGGUCCUGGCGGGCCCAAGAACUUCUUCUCUGAGAUCAUCUCCUCCAUCUCCGACUUCCGCUUCUCGGCAGACGGGCGCCACCUCCUCGCCCGCGACUUCAUGACCGUCAAGCUUUGGGACUUGGCCAUGGACUCGGGGCCGCUGGAGGUGCACCGCGUGCACGAAAGCCUGAGGAGCAGGCUGUGCGACCUGUACGAGAGCGACAGCCUGUUUGACAAAUUUGAUGUGGGCAGCUCGGGCGAUGGCCGGCACAUCGCCACGGGCUCUUACUCCAACUUCUUCAAAGUGUUCGACCGCAGCAACGAGGCGGGCAGCAUGUUCCUGGAGUCCAGCCGGGACCCGAUGCGCCGCCGGCUGCAGGCCGCCGCCAAGCCCGCCUCCCGCUUCGGGCUGUCGCGCACGCGCACGCGCACCGUUUCCACGGCUGAGGAAAGCGUGACCAGCGACCUGAGCAGCAAGGUUCUGCGCCUGUCCUGGCACCCGCAGGCGCCGGUGAUCGCGACCGCUGCAGCAAACAGCCUGUACCUGUUCCAGGGCCGGGCGCAGGACGGCGGCGUCGGCUGA